CCGAGCACGGAGACACCAUUAUUGGAUUCUUUUGUUCCAGAGAGACUGAUUAUUGGCAGGGAAUUGUGCUAUUUUCUGAACUUACUUUUAACGGAACACUGCACAUUUUUUUAUGGAUUAUAUGGUGUUUAUGGUUUAAUUGUGAAAAGGAUAUGUCGAACAGAACAAUGACACGGCAAGUACUGUUGUUUAUCUCGGUCCUCUCUCUCAGUUCAGUGCACGGGCAGGUCAGUUACUCCAUUCCAGAGGAAAUGGCGAAAGGCUCUUUAGUCGGUAACAUCGCGCAGGAUUUGGGUUUAGAUGUCAAAAGACUGAAAUCGGGUAAAGCUCGUAUUUAUACUGGAGACAGUGCAGAAUACAUCGAGUUGAAUACAGAAAGGGGAGUUAUCUUUAUCAAAGAGAGAAUAGACCGUGAAGAGUUGUGUGGAGAGACGACGCCAUGCGCUUUACACCAUCAAAUUCUACUUGAUAACCCAUUGGAAUUUUACAGCUUAACGAUUGAGAUCACAGACAUCAAUGAUAAUUCACCGGGUUUCAAAAAGAAUGAAAUGGAAUUCGAAAUAAGUGAGUCAUCACAGCCCGGAGCUAGGUUCGUUUUGGAUAGAGCAGUUGAUAAUGACGUUGGUGUGAAUGACCUGCAGAGCUACACCCUAAAACCAACUGAUAAUUUCAUAUUAAAGACACACAUUUUACCUGACGGUAGUAAAAAUGUGGAAAUGGUCUUGCAGACGCCUCUAGACCGAGAGAAACAGGAGCAGAUAUCGCUGAUUUUGACAGCCGUAGAUGGAGGAGAGCCUCAGCUAUCAGGAACAAUGCGGAUAAUCAUCACUGUACUAGACGCCAAUGAUAAUGCACCUGUCUGUUCCCAAGCCGUUUACAAGGCCAGUGUAACCGAGAACGCGCCUAAAGGCACCAUUGUCGCUACAGUAAGCGCGACUGAUGCUGAUCAAGGCUCAUACGGAAAAGUGACAUAUUCUAUGUCAAACAUCGUCGAAGGCGGUGCUGAAUUAUUUGAAGUUGAUGAUGAUAACGGUGUAGUGAGUCUUUUAGGAAAUAUUGAUUACGAAAGAAUGAAAAAAUAUCAAAUUGACAUUCAAGCAAGAGACGCCGGAGGACUCAUAGAUUCUUGCAAAGUAAUCGUCGAUGUUUCUGAUUUAAAUGAUAACAAACCAAUCAUUAAUAUUAUGUCUAAGACAAAUGCAAUAUUCGAAGAUUCUGUGUCUGGCACAGUUGUAACAAUUAUCAAUGUUCAAGACUCAGACUCGGGUGAUAAUGGUAAAGUAGAGUGUUCCAUAAAUGAAAACAUUCCAUUUACAAUUAAAUCAACGUCGAAUCAUUUCUAUAGCUUAGUAACUGACAGCGACUUGGACCGAGAGAGAGCCUCUGAGUAUAACAUCAGUGUGACCUGCUCUGAUGAGGGCGUGCCCUCGCUCUCCAGCAGCGUCACUCUCACCUUACAGAUAUCAGAUGUGAAUGACAACGCGCCUGUUUUUGAGAGGAGCUCAUAUGAGGCCUACAUUAUAGAAAACAACACGCCGGGCCUCUCUAUAUUCACAGUGAAAGCCAGAGACGCUGACUGGAACCAGAACGCCCGUGUUUCUUACAUACUGGAGGACUCCUCAGUUAACGGAGUGCCUGUCUCCUCAUAUGUGUCCGUUAGUGCUGAUAGUGGAGUCAUACAUGCAGUGCGCUCUUUUGACUACGAGCAGAUCAAGGAUUUCCAGUUCCGCGUAAAAGCGCAGGAUGGAGGCUCCCCUCCUCUCAGUAGCAAUGUGACUGUGAAAAUAAUGGUCCAGGACCAGAACGACAACGCGCCUCAGGUUCUGUAUCCAGUCCAGACUAGCAGCUCUCUGGUGGCUGAAAUGGUGCCUCGUUCAGCAGAUGUGGGCUAUCUUGUGACUAAAGUGGUGGCUGUUGAUGUGGACUCUGGACAGAAUGCUUGGCUCUCGUAUAAACUGCAGAAAGCGACAGACAGGGCGCUAUUUGAAGUGGGCUUACAGAAUGGAGAAAUAAGAACUGUACGCCAAGUCAAUGAUAAAGAUGCUGUGAAACAAAGGCUCACUGUUGUAGUGGAGGACAAUGGGCAGCCCUCUCGUUCAGCUACAGUCAAUGUUAACGUGGCGGUGGCGGACAGCUUCCCUGAAGUGCUCUCGGAGUUCACUGACUUUACGCACGACAAGGAGUACAACGACAACCUGACUUUUUACUUAGUCUUGGCGUUGGCUGUAGUCUCAUUUCUGUUCAUCACAUGUUUAGUGGUUAUUAUAUCCGUGAAAAUAUACAGAUGGAGACAGUCUCGCAUCCUCUAUCAUUCCAAUCUCCCGGUUAUUCCGUAUUAUCCACCGCGUUACGCUGACAUUGGGGACAGGAACUCUACAGCACGUGUACAAUUACGAGGUGUGCAGGACGACUGACUCCAGAAAGAGUGACUGUCAGUUCGCCAGACCCUGUAGUCAGAACGUACUGAUAAUGGACCCCAGUUCUACAG